UUUGGUUGUAUUGCUGAAUCCUGAUUUUGUGGCUUUUCAAGGUUAAAGAGCCUUUUCACUUCGCUCACUCUCAGUUCACUCACUCAAUUACUCUUAACUUUUCUGCUCAAUUGUUCUUGUACUCUGUAAAACCUAAUUUUCAAUUCAGUUUGCAACUAUGAAUUUCGAAUUUCGUUCAACCCUAAAAAAAUCUUCGACAUCCGAUUAUCAUUCACCUCCCUCAAGUAGUUUUCUCAACCCUGACAACGUCUCUUUCUACACUUACCAAGCUAUUCGAGCGGGGUUUACAAAUGCAGACACAAUCGCUCGAGAAAUUGAAGGAAACCCUAAUGAUAUGCGGAAAUAUCAGAGGGAACUGGAGAAGGAGAGAAUUCGGGCUGAAAUAAUCGCCGAAGAGGUUUAUAGGAGGAAAAUUUUGGAAGAUGAAGUCAGAAGAGAAUUGAUGCUUGAGAGAGAAGUUGCUUUCAGACGAGGACUUGGUUCGUCGGCAAUGCCGUUUCAAUCUCGGAUUCCAUUGAUGAUGAAUUUUGAUGACCACAUAGGUGGUAGAGCUAGGUUUCAAGGGUCCCAAUUGAUGCCAUUUCAGAGGGAUCCUGUUGUUGCUGGGAACGGGAAUGAACUAUCUUUGGGUGUGAAAUUGAAGGAGAUUAAGGCUUUAAAAAGACCUGCUUCUGCUCUAGAAGGGAUUAAGGAUAACAUUAUUCUCUUGGCUAAGCCCGAUGUAUCUGACUUGAAGCGUAAAGCUGUUACACCACCAACUGUAUCUCCUAUUGACCAAUCUGCUGAGCCAAAGAAGCCGAAAACCAAAGAAGAGUGGAGUUGUGCUCUAUGUCGUGUUACUGCAACAAGUGAGCGAGCGUUGAAUGAUCAUCUUCAGGGGAAGAAACACAAGGCGCGAAAGAGUGGGUUGAAUUCGCGGAGAACAGGCUUUGGUACUGGCCCGUUGCCGAUGACAAAUAGUACUACUAGUACUAUUAAGCCCAUCAUAGUUCUUGGCAUUAGUAGUUCAUGCUGUAAGGAGAAAAACAAUCUACAAGAUGGUGAAUCAUCAUUGGGGCCAGUUGACAACAUAUCAACACAAGAAAUCUCAGGCACUGAGGCUAAAAAAUCCUAUGAGAAUGGAAAAGUUGGAGAAACAGAUAUACCUCAAAAAACAAAUGCAGAUGCCAAACUGAAAAAUUUUAAAUUUGUGUGUGAAAUAUGUCGAAUUGGAACUCACUCGCCGAAGGUACUGAACGCCCAUAAGAAGGGAAAACGACAUCUAGCCAAAGUUAUGGAGGUUAAUAAAACCAACGAAAUCUCAGCUCAGAAAGUCGAAGUUGAGACAGAAGAAAAGAAGGAAGUGGAUAUAGAAAGCGAAGCAGUGGAAGUACCGGAAGAAGGUCGUUUUCGUAAUGUUAGCGUUGAAAAGGACUAUGUUAAUUUGCUUGACACUGUCGAGGUCGUUUCAGUCGUAGCAGAAAAUGAGUGACAAUAGUCGGGUGAUUACUAGUCGAGUUGGUUAGAUUGCUGAUCAACUAACUGUUGUGUAAAAUAAACGAUGGUAAAGAAGCAAGCAAGACUGUGAGGGUAAAACCUUCAUCGAAAUGCAAUUUCACAAGCUAAACUGUAGUUAAGCACGGUAAAUUAUUAGGAUCUUGUUAAAAGGGGCAUCCUGAGCUGAAGUCUGCUUGGUUUUCUAGUCAGGAACUUGUAACUAAAUUUAACAGACAUAUUAUCUGAAAAUUAUUAAUUAUCUAAGAUUUUUUAACACUUUAACCAAAAUUUGUGGUGACAUUUAACUAUAGACUCAACAAGGGGUGCGCUUGGUUUGGGGAAAAAUAC